AAGACACUUUUCCACUCUUCCACCUCGUGCCCUGCACCCUAGAACACUCCCGCAACUUGGCUGGUCAUUUCUCACCUCCCUCCAUCUCUUCUGUAUUCUGACCCCGUCCCCUAUUUCCUCUUCCUACUCUUCUCUUCAUCCCACCCUAUAACUCACCUAUUCCCUUCCUCCCCCCGCAAUCCUUCUCCUUAGCUUCGUAUUCUCUUCAAGCAUCUUAGUUCCUUUCCUACAUCUCCUAGAACUUUAGACUCUCAGUUUACGAAUACACGAUCUACAUCCAUAAUGUCUACUCGUCCCCAAAACGUCGGCAUCAAAGCCAUUGAAAUCUACUUCCCGAGCCAGGUUCGUUUCUCCCGCCAUCUGCAGAUGUUUGCGCCGUGUUGCUGUUCAGCUAUCAUGGCGCCAUUCGAGGGGCAAUUUCUCUGACUUCAGCGAUGCUAGUGUGUUGAUCAAGCCGAGUUGGAGAAAUUCGAUGGUGUCUCCACCGGAAAGUACACAAUCGGACUUGGACAGACCAAGAUGUCCUUCUGUGAUGAUAGAGAGGGUAAUUCUUUGAUUUUCCCAGUCGGAACGAGCGAGCAAUGUACCCGGAAACUUACCCCAGCGCUUUAGACAUCUAUUCUCUUUCAUUGACCGUUGUCAAGUCUCUCCUCGACAAGUACAGCAUUGACCCCAUGUCGAUUGGUCGGUUAGAAGUCGGCACCGAGACUUUGCUCGACAAGUCAAAGUCUGUAAAGUCUGUUCUCAUGCAGCUUUUCACCCCUAAUACCAACAUCGAGGGUGUCGACACUGUUAAUGCUUGCUAUGGUGGCACCAAUGCUUUGUUCAAUGCUAUCAAUUGGGUUGAGUCCUCGGCUUGGGAUGGUCGCGAUGCCAUCGUCGUUGCCGGUGACAUUGCCCUCUACAGCAAGGGAAAUGCCAGACCCACUGGUGGAGCUGGUUGCAUUGCCAUGCUCAUUGGCCCCGACGCACCGCUCGUUCUGGAGCCUGGAAAGAGAGGAAGCUACAUGUCUCAUGCCUAUGACUUCUACAAGCCAGAUUUCACAAGUGAAUAUCCCGUCGUAGAUGGCUACUUCUCCAUCCGCUGUUACACCGAGGCUGUCGACGGUUGCUACAGGGCGUACAACAACCGAGAAGCUUCCCUUGCUGCUCUCGCACACAGGAAUGAGGGCACCAACGGAAAUGGUGUGGCCAACGGAAAUGGGGCUGUUAAUGGAAAUGGCCACGCUGCAUCCAAUGGUGGGAUCGACCGCUUUGAUUACGUGCUUUUCCAUGCCCCGACAUGCAAACUCGUAUCCAAGUCGUAUGCUCGCCUUUUGUACAACGAUUUCCUCGCUUCCCCAGAAGCUCCUCAGUUUGACAGUGUUCCCCAAGACCUCCGUGAACUUGAUUACGAGCGGUCGCUCUCGGACCGAAACAUCGAGAAGGCCUUUAUGGGUCUUUCCAAGAAGAAGUUUGAGGAGCGUGUGAAACCUAGUUUGCUUGCACCCACCCAAUGCGGAAACAUGUAUACUGCUAGUGUUUACUCUGGCCUUGUAUCCCUGCUUUCCAAUGUCGAUUCGGACACCCUUCAAGGCAAGAAGGUUGCCUUGUUCUCCUAUGGGAGUGGAUUGGCGAGCAGCUUGUUCUCCUUGACGGUUAAGGGUAGUACCAAGGAGUUUGCCGAGAAGGUCAACCUCAAGGAGAGGCUUGAGGCGAGGAGGGUAGUUGAGCCCCAGGUUUAUGACGAUGUAAGUUGACUGCUAUUCCACUGUUCAUUGGGAUUUGCUCUAAUAGCCAUCCUCCCUCCGCCCCCUUAAGAUGUGUGAACUCCGCCACCUAGCUCACGGAAAGAAAGACUUUGUUCCCCAAGGGAGUGCUGAGACCAUCAGCAGAGGUACUUACUACUGCCUCAGGGUGGAUGAACUUUUCCGAAGGGAAUACCAGAGAAAGGAGUAA